AUGGUGAUGCCUCCUCUCACCGCGGCGAAUGUCCAGCAUCUGCGCGCAAAACCGGCUCCGUUGCCAAAAGGACUCGCGCCAAAUACAAGCUCAAAUGCUUUCAAAUCGCCACACACACGCGCCCAGCCAAAAUCGAAGAGUCUAGAUCAUCACUUCAGUAUUGAAUGCGCCGGCUUCAACGGAUCUGACAUGAAAAAGUCUGUGAGCCUUUCUAGCAGCAGGAAUGUCAUCUCUCUUGGACCUGGCAGACCCACGGCAGGCUACUUCCCUUGGGAACGACUUGCAAUUGAGACAAUUGAACCGACUGGACUUAUACCCUCUGCUCAGAAGAGCGUUGUGGCGCCACUCAUUCAGAGCAUUUCUAAGAGUGACGACGAAUACAACCUCUCGCUGGCCAUGGAUUAUGGCAACGCUGUAGGAUCACCACAUUUGCUCCGAUUCAUCACUGAGCAUGUGGAGAUUGUCCAUGAUCCUCCAUACGCCAACUGGGGCACUUGUCUCACUGCCGGCUCAACCUCGGCCAUGGAAAUUGUCUAUCAUAUUUUCUGCAAUAGAGGUGACAACAUCCUUAUGGAGGAGUAUACAUACCCGGGGACGCUCGAGGGCGCUAAAGCACUUGGUCUUAAGAUCCAUGGGGUGCACAUUGAUGCAAAGGGUGCAAACGCAGAGCACCUAAGCCAUAUCUUGAGCACAUGGGAGAUCCCCCGGGGACCAAAACCAACUGUCUUCUAUACAAUACCAUCUGGACAGAACCCGACCGGUACAACUCAGUCGCUCGAGCGAAGACAAAUGAUAUAUGCAAUUGUGGAAGAGCACGAUCUGAUCAUCGUCGAGGACGACCCUUACUACUUUCUGCGAGCAGGAAGCCGCGCAGAGGAGCCGCGCAACUCAACUUCGAUACCGAGAUACUUGUCCCUUGAUCCAUCAGGCCGUGUUGUGCGAUUGGAUUCUGCUUCCAAAAUUCUCGCGCCCGGUUUACGUGCUGGCUGGAUAACUGCCAGUGAUGUCGUAAUUGAGAAAUUUAUUGCAUACCAAGAGGUCAGCACCGUAUCAUGUGCGGGGCCAUCUCAGCUGAUGCUGUGCAAACUGCUGGAUAAAAGCUGGGGUCAUGACGGAUUCUUCACUUGGCUAGACAAUCUUUCUCUAGAGUACCAAAGACGCCGUGAUGUUCUUGUGGAUGCUUGUGAAAAGUAUCUGCCCGGGGAUGUAUGUUCGUGGGUGGAACCAGCAUAUGGAAUGUUUCUCUGGAUAACACUCGAUUGGAAGAAAAUCCACGGGCUUCGGAUCCAGACAGAUCAAAACAAUCCUCAAAAAUCCAUCGGCGAUAUCGAGGCUAGUAUCUAUUCCACAGCAUUGAAAAACGGUGUGCAGGUAAUGAAAGGCUCUUUGUUCAGAUGCAACGAACCCCUUUCAAGUGCACUUCAUUUCCGGAUGACAUAUGCGGCUGCGGCUGAAGAAGAUCUGGAAAAGGGUGUCAGAAUAUUCGCAAAUGCUGUUAGAAAUGAGUUUGUAUUGAGUGGCUAG